GCAGUGUCUACUGUGCCCAUCUGGUUCUCCCACAAUGAGAUGGUGGCAGGCACUAUUCUGGGACUGAGUCUCAUUGCACUGGGCACUGGGGGUAUUAAGCCAUGUGUGUGUGCCUUUGGAGGGGACCAGAUACCACAAGAUAAACCUCUCCUGCGAGACAUGUUCUUCUCGGUGUUCUAUGUGUCCAUCAACAUAGGCGCCUUCAUCUCCAUGAUCCUCACCCCCAUCCUCAGGGAAGACGUGCAGUGCUUCGACAAGGACUGCUACACCCUCGCAUUCGGAGUCCCAGCCGCUCUGUUCAUGGUCGCCAUUGUCAUAUUCGUCCUCGGAACACCACUCUACGAGGCUAAGAAGGUGACUGGUGAGUCGAUGAUUGUGCGGGCAUGUGGUGCCAUUGGAUCUGCAGUUAAGAACAGAGUGCAGGGGGGUCGCAAACAGGAGUGCUUCCUCUAUCACGCUUCACCCAAAUACGAAAAAAGUUUCCUGGACGAGAUCACCCAGCUGGGUCGUAUCUUCAUCAUGACCCUGCCCACUGCCAUCUUUUUCAUGGGCUUUGACCAGCAGGGAUCCACAUGGACCAUACAGGCUCAACAGAUGAAUGGCAACUUGGGCUUCAUCACUCUCUACCCUGACCAGAUGCAGUUCAUCAACUCACUCCUCGUCAUCUUACUCGUCCCCAUCACAUACAACAUCAUUUACCCCCUACUGCACAAAUGCCACAUUAUGCGCACGCGUCUUCAGAAGAUGGGGGUAGGGAUGGUGCUCGGUUGUGGUGCUUUCGUCAUGGCCGCUAUGCUGCAGCUCAAAAUUGACGGCACCCUUCCAUUUGACCGACUGACCAGUAAGCAGACGGCAGUGUGGGCUGUGAACACUCUCCCCUGCCACAUGGAUGUGAACUUCUACGAGAACGGACUACUCAAAGAAGAGACACGAGUGCCACACCAGAACUUGAUCCGACACGUGUACAACUAUGGAGACAGUGUUGAGAUGGAGUUCACACCUGGAGUGAACUGCAGUCUAUAUGUGCACUCAAUCAGCCCAUUCAACAUCACAGGAGUGGAGAGUGGGGCUGAGAAGGCCACUUAUGUGUAUCUCUACUCUGACAAGGGGGACCUCACAUACUACCAACAGAGCAAGAGUGAAGAGAGCUCGCCGACUGCUGCCGAUUGCUACUUCUCGUUUUUCUCUCCACUGAAUGCAACGACAGAGUUCAAAGUUGGAAGCGAAGAGUUUUCAGUCCCACAGGGAGACUUCGUGGUUGCAGACGCAGAAGGCAACAGUGGCAACAACAAAACAGUCUACGCUCAGGUGACGUUCUCUGAGUUUGUGGAUUUUGAGAGUGAGACACAGUUUGACGCCAACUAUGGAGGCAUUUACCUCAUCUCUUUCACAGAAAACCCCAAAGCCAACGGAACAGAAGAAGAGGCUCAAUUCAUCCAGCAAGUGUGGCCAGUGCUGGACUCCGAGGAGAGUGUGAUGAUCUACUGGCAGAUCCCUCAGUACAUCAUACUCACUCUGGCAGAAGUGCUGGUGUCUGUCACGGGUCUGGACUUCGCCUACUCAGAGGCGGGUGCUGGCGUGAAGUCUUGUGCUCAGGCCAUCUGGUUACUAGGAGAUGCCCUUGGAAAUCUGAUUGACAUCGUCCUCUUCAGCUCAAUCUUGGGACAGUACCAGACGGUGAUGCAGUUCUUCAUUGUUUCCGCAAUAAUCCUCCUUGGUGCCAUCCUCUUCAUCAUCCUCGCCUGUUUCUACCGCCCAUUCGUCCCACCCUCCACCUCGAGAGUCAACAGCCAAGUGUACAAUGAGAUUAUGGAGUCCAACUUAGUGAACUCGGAUGAACUUAACAACCAGCAGGCCAAAUUGGGAGACUCUGCUUUGAGUAGCUCAUUUGGGAAGCCGUACGGAACUUCGAGCACGUGAACAAAAUUAUGAUCUCUCAUGAAUGUUCUGAUUGUCAAUGUAUUUAAUAAAAUUUUUUAGAAAUAGCCAUAGCCUGAAUUAUUGAUGUCUGAAUUAAUUAGUCCGAAUUAACUGAUAAACUGCAACUAAACUGAAAUUUGGUUUUAAGCUUUGCAGCUUCGCUUUACAUGUGCUUCCUUGUUUCAAAAUUGCCUGAAAUGACCAGAAGAGUACCAAUU